AUGAACACCACAGAUCAUCCUUCCAUGAAGCCAAACCAAACGGACAUCAUCUACGCCGCAAUUACAGGCCUGACGGCGAUUUUGUCCAUGGCUGGAUCCAGCAUCAUAGUCGCCACAUAUAUCGCGUACAAAGACUGCCGCAUCUUUGGACGCCAGCUGCUGGCCUUUCUUUCCGUGGCCGACUUCCUGACGGCGCUGGGCAACCUGCUGGGCGUGGUGUGGUUCGUCUGGGCCGACUCCUCUGUCAUCAGGAGGAGCAUGAUCUACUGUAAGUUCCAGAGCGCUCUCACCAUUUUCUCCAGCAUUGCCUCCUUUCUGUGGAUGGUCGUCAUCGCUUUUGGACUUCUGCUGAGCAUCGUCCUGUCCAAGGCCAGAGUCUUUGAGAGCUAUGGAAAGUUCUAUCAUCUUGUUUGCUGGGUUCUUCCAGGUUUGAUUGUGACCGUGUCUCUGUCGCUGGAUGUGCUGGGAUACGACUCUGACCUGAAUCAGGACAGUUGGUGCUGGGUCGACCCACGCGUGUCGCACGCUCUCGUCUGGCAGUUCGUCACGGGGAAGGGCUGGGAACUCGCUUCCUACGUCAUCACCGUCGUCAUAUACACCGUCGUGAAGAUUUAUCUCUUUAAAAACUCAACGCACACGUUGGCCGUCAACCCUCACCGACUGCGACACGCUGGCGUGAAGGAGGCGAACCGGAAGCUGACGUUCGUACCGCUCGUCUUCAUCCUGCUGCGGGUGUGGGGCACGCUGAGGUUCAUCAUCGGCGUCGUCGACCACGAGUACGCCAAGUCGCCUCAGGCGUCCUGGAUCGUUCCUCUACAGUGUGUCGGAGACAGCGCGCAGGGGAUUGCCAACUGCGUCAUCUACUGUUUUUUCACAACAGCCAUCAGACGACGUCUUGUCAACAGCUGCUGCUGCGUCAAACGUAGGUCCGGACAGAUCACGGAAGUGACGUCACAUUCUAUAAAACCGUCCUCCGUGGAUGUUAUUUGACUAUCUACAUAGUUAUUUGGAUUUUGGAACCGGCUAUGAGACAGGUUUGGGAGGGAUUUGAUGUUGUAGCCUCUUCAUAACCCUUGAUACCUUAUAUUUCCUAAGUUCAAGUAAUUGCAAAAUUCUGUAUGUCAUUGUUUUUUCUAAGGUUUGUGUUUAAUGCACACAUUACUCACAGACACUACACCUUCCACGUCUAAUGGCCGUCACUCUAGGUGUUUUCUUGACGGGAUGCAACCCAUCUCGUCCCUACAAGCUGUGCACCUUAACGGCCUUAACGAGGUCACACACGUGGACAUAUAGAUCGGACUUUUAGACCUUCGUUCAAAAUUUUAUGUCAAAUUGAUUUUUUAUUCUAUAUUAUUAAAUAGUCCGAUCCUCUUUUUCACUAAUUGCUAUUCCAAAAUUGUGUCCAUUUCCAAUUAACUCCCACCCCCACCUUCUGUCCCGGACCCAUUCACUAGCUACGUCAGAGAUUUUGCCCGGGAAAGACGUGCUUGAACCUUAAUUGGAUAUAGGCACGUUAAUAUGUUAUCCAAUGAAUCACAGGCACUUGUCACAGAUUAGUAUACAUAAAUAAACUUGCUGGACAUUUAUAACUUUGAUAUAUUUCUUAAAUAUUUUGCUUAUUAUUUUUGUUUACAUUAAAGAUAUAGUAGAAGUUGAAUUUGUUUUCACAAAUACAUACACGUUAAAUAGCUAUAAGAUUGACAUGAAUAUUGUGAAAAUAUUUAUUAAUAAUAUUUGCCAAUUUACACCAAAUUUACUAAGUAUACCAAUCUGGAAAUAUAUCAAAUUGAUUGACCAAUAUACAACAAUUUUAUUUUUGUAUAUUAAUCUGUGUCAAGUGCCUGUAUUAUUGCUUAUAAGAAAAUCAGGAUACACUGAUAAAUUUCAUGUUGGAUUAUAUUAAUGUUGACAAAUCCAAUAUUAUAAGUUUUCACCUUGUAAUGUAAAUAAGAUAAAUGUUUUUCUUUCUUUUCAAAAAGUCAACAGAUACUGUAUAAAAUAAAAUACAGAGACACGGAGUCACCUUACUGUAUGUUCAUAUUACCCCUACGCCCAAAUUUUUUAAAAUAAUAAUAAUAAUAAAAAAAUAAAUAACACAAAACAAACAACAAAACAAACAACAACAAAAAAACAACAACAAAAACAAAAACAAAAAACGUGAAUUAUGAUAUUACAAAAAUUACACUGCUAUUGUUGUAAUUAUGUAAACACAAUGUAAACAUUUUAUUAGUAGAAAAGCCGGUCAGGGAAGUUGCCAAAAUUCACAAGGAUAUUUCUGGGUAUAUGUUGAUUCUAUAUAUUAUUUUAUUUCUGUAUGGUUAAAACAAAUUGAUCUUUAGUUUUUAUGUUUGAUAGAGUCUUUAUAUAUAUAUAUAUAUAUAUAUAUAUAUAUAUAUAU